GAGGGAACGGCAGAAGCCUGCUGAAGAGGAAGAGAGAAUGGCUUCGGAGUGUGUUGUGAGAUCGAGAAGCUGGAUCCGUCGUGAGCGCGAAUUGUCUCGCUUGGUGCCGAAAUGAGCUUGCGGUUGCUAAUUUGAAGCUCCAGUGGCGAUGCGAUUUGCAGCACACCUGUAGUUGAUUAGGGUUUUUUGUGGGCGAUGCAAGAUGUUGGGUUAAUUUUUACUGGCUCAUGGAACCCUAGUCUUAGUUUAACUUGUUGGUUUGUUUGUUUGUUUGUUGGUUCUUUUUUUUUUUUUUUUUUUUUUGGUGUGGACCCCGAUGUUGAAUUUUAAGAAUGCCGCAGAUUGAUAGUAAGGACUGCGUGCGUGGGAUUGGAGUCUUAAACGAACAAUGCUUGUGGCAUUGCGGCGCCGAGCUACAGGUCGAGUGACUCGGGCGUCUGAGUUUUGCAAUGGAAUAGCUAGAAAUCUGUCUACGAAAAAUUCUGGGCCCGAUGAGUGGUGGGCUGUAGAUGGAGAACUCUUACGGCUGCGGCCAGAGCGUGGGAAGGGAUACAAGCUUGUGAACAUGGCGGAGCCGGACCCGAGACCCAAGCCUCUGAACUACCGAAAGCUUUUCGCUGACCGUAUGGCUCGUAUGCAGGAUAUUCGUAUUCGUGACAAUAGUCAAGAAGGUUAUUGGAAGGCCUACAUGGAGCGCUUUAAUCGCACACGUGAGGAGUGGGAGAAGCUUUACUGGGAUGGAGUUCCACGAGCUCCCGAUCAGGACCCCGUUGCAAAGAGGCCUAUAGACCAUUAUCUAGUUCUGGGACUUAGAAAGAGGCAUCAACCAUAUUCUCCUCUUGAGCUUAAGUCUGCAUUUCGCGAUAAAGCUAUGUUGUACCAUCCUGAAAACAAUAGAGAAAAGGAUCCAAAGAAAAGAGCUGCAAACAUGGCAAAGUUUAGGCAAGUUUGGGAGUCAUACAAGAAUCUGCAGAAUAGGCGAAGUUGGUGAGAAACGACCUUUAUUUGUUGACGAUGGCCUUCUCAAGCGGGAAAAUUUGAUACGUGAGGGGCAUUAUAGGGAGUAGCGUUGAAGUAUCCAAUAGAAAGUAGGGAAAAUAUCAUUUAUACCCCUCAAAUAUGUUGAAAUAUCAAGAAUACCCCUACAUUCUUGAUAAUAGCAAGAAUAUCCUGUAGUGUGAUAAGUUAUCUCCAAUCUCACAAAAGCCUCCUAGAUUCCAUUACUUAGUUUUGUUUUAUAUGCAGCACAAAUCUUGUGGCUUUAUGAUGUGCUUUGAAGUUUUUGUUUGUUCUGCACCCUCGGGCGACUGUCGCAGCCCCCUCGCCCUCAUCAUCCUUCCUCCGUGACAUCUUCCAUCAUCUGUCCCCGCGUCGGGGUGUGUUCGGUGAUCGGACUAGUUGCCAUGUACAAAAUUCCUCCCACAGCACAGAAAUGACCAUUUCCAUGUUGACAGUUUCAA